AACAAAUUGCCAAUCAAACUACAAAGGGUGGAGUGCCAGAGCAUUAUCUGAAGUGCCAAGACGUUUCAAUGAACACCGACGAACCAAAAACCUUGCCUCUAAUCCGACGGUAUACAUAUGGCGUCGGUCAUGUCCUCAAUGACCUUUGUGCAUCCAUGUGGUUCAGUUACCUUCUGCUGUAUUUUCAUCAGGUUCUAAACUUUAAUAAUGCUAUAGCUGGUUACCUGAUGUUUCUGGGACAGGUUACAGAUGGCAUUUGUACACCUCUUGUUGGCUAUGAAUCAGACAGAGAAGACAUAUCAUGUCGCUAUGGGAAACGGAAAACUUGGCAUUUAAUAGGAACCUUAUGUGUGACCGGUAGCUUUGUAUUUAUCUUUAAUGAGUGUAUUGGUUGCCAUGACGGCACAAGCAGUAUGGUUAUGUUUAUUUACUAUGCACCUUUUAUCGUCAUCUUCCAAUUUGGUUGGGCAUCCACACAAAUUGCACAUUUGGCCCUUUUACCGGACCUUACAAGCAACAAAAGUGAACGUACAGAAUUAAAUGCAAUCAG